AACAUUUCCUUACAAAUUAAAAUAAAUAAUAUUUAGUAAAACGGAAUCAAUCUACAAGUAAAGAUGAAAUUUUUAAUUUAUUUUUGUUGCGUUUUGAUAUUUACAACGUGCGUAUCAUUUACUGAGGCAGCAGCGACGAAACCAAAAUGCCAUGACAAAAACACAAAUCAUUAUUGGGAUGUUGGUACAGAAUAUCGACCAGUUGGUCAAUGUGUCAAAUACGAAUGCAAAGAUAAUGGAGUCAAACAAGCAAUAACAUGCCCACUCAAUCAAGCCGGCAGCGGUUGUACAAAAGUUGAUGGAAAUUUAAGAAAACAAUAUCCAGAUUGUUGUCCAACAUUUAACUGUAAAAGGUCAUAAAGUGUGAAGAAGUCUUUAAAACAGGUUGCAAAACACACAUAUUAACAGUUCACUACUUAACGCACAAAUUAUAUGGUCUUAC